AUGGUCAAACUUUCCACAGCCCCUCUUGAUUUUGGGGUGCCGUCUAGGCGACCAGCUCAACAAGUAGAAUCCCCAAAAUUGGACGUUACAGAGACCCUCCAAACAUCACACGAUCUAAGCUCGAAAAUCCCUCUCUUGGAACUAAAGGACAUGCAUGAUUCUUUAAGGAGACCAGUAUGUCCUUUCCUUCCCAUGGGGGAUUGUGAAGGCGAAAUCAGGCAACUUCAGGACGAGAAUCUUCACUUGUCUACAACGGUAUGCCAGCUCAAGAAAACCAUCAGUGAAUAUGAGGCUCAGGUUCAGAGUCUUCUUGGUGAGAACAAAAGGCUCCAAGAAUCGUUGGUAUCAAGUCGGCAUUCACCACCAAAUAAAUUCGACAAGCGCCUUGGGGAAAUCGAGCAGGUUUUGGCUCAUGGGCUCACACAUACUCUAAAUGCUCUCCAAAGUAUACGUGAUGGCAAGCAACAACAUACUCAAAUUUUGGAAAAUACUGCUGGGUCGAAAAAUCACGUGUGUCAUACAGAGGAGGAGUCUUUGUCUGUUAAUCUUGGACACGGUCCGCUUAUCGCUGCUUCCCAAGAAAGUUCACUGCAGGUUCCAAAUGAGGGGGUCAGUAAUUCCUUGGAAAUACUCACAAAUUCAGAGCAUGCAGAGACCAGGAUGGAAAAACCACACAACCCUUUGAAGGUACCGAAAGCUAAUCGGAGAAACAUCGAGGUGAAGAGAGAGAAUUCUGAUGAGAGCGCUUCUCGUAGAACGGGCCCUGGUGUUUUUGAUAGUUCCAAGAGCAAAGCACGAAGCACGGAGGAAAACUUUGAUGACAUCACGUUUUUCAUGAAACCCUCUGCUUCUAGAACGAGGCAUGCUUUAAGACUAAACGAUAGACUGAGCAAGACAAGGAAAGCAGAACAACCGUCAAACCUGGCUUCCAACAACCCAAUUCAUGGAAAUUCUAGUACUCAGCCCCAUGGAGUGAAAGUAGAGCAGGAGCAUCAGGAUGAAAAUGCACAUGUUUUGAUCAAGCAAGAAUCUUCAAAGAAAAGAAAGGCACUUGAGCCCCUCGCCACAAGCUCCAAUCGAAGACCAUCAAUUGCAGCUCGCAUGAAAAACAAAGUCCAGCACGACGCGUUCGAAUUUGUGGACAAAUCUACUCUUCUUGAGCAGAGCCGCAAAUCCUUGAAAAAAUCCCUGGGCUGA